UUUUAUGUGUUGAUUUUUCAGGUCGUGAACUUUGUGUAGUGUUUCAUUAAUAAAAUUGCCUCUAAGCAAGAUUUCGGUCCGAUACUCAAGUCAGUUAAGUCUUUUAAUUUGAGCAAAACAAGCAAGUAAAGGAGGAAAUGAAGGUGUUGCCUCGUGAAUGGCCAGUUUGUCCUGCUUGCUCUUGGAUUAGAUACUUGCUUGCACUGUUCCUUGUGAAUGUCAUGACCUGACUGCCUCCCAGUGGUGCUCUAAAACACUUCAUAAUCACUAGGUGGCAUAGGUUGCAAGCUUGCAGUCAGUCCUCUGAGGUAGAGUAUAUAGUAAACAGAGUAGGCCACAGAGAGCACGGGGUGCUGGCAUUCUGCGCCCUUUCUCUCUCUUUGGUUUAAGCGAUGUCACAGGAGGCAGUGGAAUUAAGCAGGUUUUAUUUUGGCUAAUCCCUUGGGGCAAUGGUAGGGGCUAGUAAAAUGGCCUCGCCGAAGGAAAGGAUAAACCCCACUGGAUUAGCAUGACCCCACCUCCGGGCCCUUCAUUCUCCCUCGUGGAGGUUCCUCACAACAUACAUCCGACAACCGUAUGAGGCUGUCCCUACUAUGUAGAGUUUUAUGGAAUAGAGGCCUCAUAAGGUGCGUGUUUUUGUGUGUGUGUGUGUGUGUGUGUGUGUGUGUGUGUGUGUGUGUGUGUGUAUGGGGCUGUGUUCUUGCGUCUGUGUUUUGUCUUGUCACAUUUUGCCACCCUCCCCUCCCUUUGCAUGCUUAUGUUUCCAGGGCUGAAUAAUUUAGGGACUGCCUGCCAAUAUGUGGCCACAUGAUAGCGCUGCCUGAGGGGAGGGUAAAAAAAAAUGCCUGCUGGAGAUCAGGUGAAAUGAUCCCUUAUGCUUCACCCCCUUUUUUCUCCACCUGCUUCUUUGAAGCGAAACAUGAGAGGUGAAAUAGAAUCCCUGCUAUUUUUUUUCUUUCCACACCUCACACCCUCUUUUGUUUUCUGUCCGGUCCCUGAGCUGCAUAGUGCUGUUGUAGUCGUCCUCUUGGCAGGAUCGGGUCGGGAUGGAUUGAGGGGUGGUGGGACGAGGGUACCUGUCCACACUACUCUGUCACCAUUGCGGGGCGAAGGAACUCUGUCUCCUUUGGGAGCGACGGUGAACUUUGGUUCGAUCCUCUCCUGCCUCCGUGCUCCCUACUGAAUCCUGAAACAGAGCAGCAACAGGUAUCCUUCGCCUUCCCGGACGAAUUCUACAGCGACUGUGUCCCUGAGAGUUAUGGCGAUCUUUCCCUGAGGGUAAGUCCUGAACCAGACUUGAGCGACCACUAUCUUGGGCAAGCCAUGGCUGUUAGGGGCACCGUUCCACCUCCUGAUUACUACCCUUUUGACACUGCCUUAUCUGCCCAGCCACCUGAAGAUCUGCAGGGCUUUUAUAGAGGGAGCCAGCACCUUCUUAACAGAUCAGGCUCGCAUUAUGGGCUGUCUGCAGGAGGGGUCAGAUCCACCUGGGAUCAAGGGCAAGCUAGAGCUCCAGCUCCUGCACCUACACCUGCCCCUGCUCCACCGCCCCCACCUCCUCCACCUCCUCCUCCUCCCCCUCCACCUCUCCCUCCCACGGCUCAUGAGAUGAGCCGUUUGUAUAGGGAUUCACUAGCGGUCAAGAUGAUCCCAGACGGUCAGCGUAUUCGCAGUAGGGCUGCCUCUCCUUCCUGUUUCGGAAACGAGCCCGCUGUUGCAAGGUUUGCAGCUGAUCAGGCCUCUUUAGCAGGCCUUUCUGUUUACAGCGACGUCAACGGCCUGCCCUUGGACCCCUGCCAGCCUCUUUCCACCUGCAUAGUGGUGGAUCCUACGGCUCCUGCUGUGGACGGAAGCGUACCCCGAGGUAUGUCUGUCUACGGUACCAUUCCCACUCCAAGAAUGCCCUAUGAUCCUGCCUAUGAUGCUAGUGCAGCUAUGGUGCCAGCCACACCAGCUCCAAUCACAGCUGGAAUCCCGGCCCACCAGCCCUCGGCAGCUGUUACUGUGGAUCCGAAGAGGACCGUGGACCCGGCUUACCUGUCUCUCCUUCGUACGGAGGGUCUUUCCGAGAGCACCAUAACCCUGUUGCUGCAGCAAGGUUUUGACUCCACCGGUAUGCUGGCCAUGAUGGAGGACCACGAUAUCCGCUCUGUGGCUCCCAAUCUAGGCCAGGCCAGGGUGUUGUCCAGGGUGGUGCUCAACUGCAAGACCGGAGCCACUGGUGCUACAGCAGUGCGUGGUCGCUCCAACAGCUUUAGCCACCGCAAUGACCUCUACGCCCAACCUCAAGGUAUAACCAUGGAUCCCAACCUCAUGCAGCAGCCCCCGAGUGCCCUGCAGGCUGUCUCUCCCAGGAUGGGCGAGUUUCUCGGCCGCCGACCAAGCAGCGCUCCUUCUCAGCAUCUCUUAGAAACCACUACUUAUCCAGGAGUACGCCCACUUGGUGGGCUUCCUGUCAGUCCUGGGGCAUACAACACUGCCAUUCCUCAGACGCGACCUUUAACCAUGUACAACGCCCACACUGGUCUGGCAUUGUCGGCCCUCCCUUCGCAGCAUCAACCAGGGGUUCCAGGCACCCCUGGUCCAGCACCGAAAACCUUCUCCGGCACUUACACACCCAUGGAGCUGAUGAAGAGAGCACCCAGUCUGCCUCAUCUACCUCCAACCCAGAGCCCUCACCACAGCCCCCAGCUGUUGCGGAAAGGCGCAGUUCCGGUGGAAAGCGCAGUCAUGCCUGUGGCUACGUCUCUCCAGCCUCAGACCAUGAACCCAAAUAAUAAGAUGACACGACGCACUGGUCCUCCGGUCAUUGUUUCCACCAUGGCCUCACCAGAUACAAGUAUCAGGCCUCAGAUCAUGAACGGACCCUCGUUGCACCCUCGCCCCCUGGUGGCGCUGUUGGACGGCCGUGACUGUACAGUGGAGAUGCCCAUCCUCAAAGACCUGGCAACCGUGGCGUUCUGCGACGCUCAGUCCACACAAGAGAUACACGAAAAGGUGCUGAAUGAGGCCGUUGGCGCAAUGAUGUACCACACCAUCACUCUGACGCGCGAAGACCUGGAGAAGUUUAAAGCUCUGCGCAUCAUCAUCCGCAUCGGCAGCGGCUACGACAACAUCGACAUCAAAGCUGCAGGGGAGCUCGGUAUCGCGGUGUGUAAUAUCCCGUCGGCGGCGGUGGAGGAGACGGCCGACUCCACACUGUGUCACAUCCUGAACCUGUACCGCCGGAACACGUGGCUGUACCAGGCUCUCCGGGAGGGCACGCGGGUCCAGAGCGUGGAGCAGAUCAGAGAGGUGGCGUCAGGAGCCGCGAGAAUCAGAGGGGAAACACUCGGACUCAUCGGCUUCGGGCGCUCUGGGCAGGCGGUGGCGGUCAGGGCGAAGGUGUUUGGCUUCAACGUGAUCUUCUACGACCCGUACCUGCAGGACGGUCUGGAGCGCUCUCUGGGCGUGCAGAGAGUCUACACACUGCAGGACCUGCUCUACCAGAGCGACUGCGUGUCCCUGCACUGCAACCUCAACGAGCACAACCACCACCUGAUCAACGACUUCACCAUCAAACAGAUGCGUCAGGGAGCGUUCCUGGUGAACACGGCUCGAGGGGGGCUGGUGGAUGAGAAGGCUUUGGCUCAGGCUCUGAAAGAGGGGAGGAUACGUGGAGCUGCACUCGACGUUCACGAGACGGAACCGUUCAGUUUUGCGCAGGGUCCACUGAAGGACGCCCCUAAUUUGAUCUGUACGCCGCACACAGCCUGGUACAGUGAGCAGGCCUCUCUGGAAAUGAGAGAAGCAGCUGCCACAGAGAUCCGCAGAGCCAUCACCGGUCGGAUCCCGGACAGUCUAAGAAACUGUGUGAAUAAGGAGUUUUUUGUUACAACAGCGACUUGGGGAGUGAUGGACCAGCCAGGUGUUCACCCUGAGCUUAACGGUGCCGCCUACAGGUUUCCGCCGGGCAUGGUUGGGGUGGCGCCGGGGGGCCUCCCUGGUGCGCUGGAGGGCAUGGUGCCAGGCGGGGUCCCUGUACCCCACUCACUACCAUCAGGAACACACCCCUCCCAGGCCCCCUCCCCCAACCAACCAUCCAAACUUGGAGAGAGCAGAGAACAUCUCACAGAGCAAUAGCACCACACACACACACACACACACACACACACACACACACACACACACACACACACACACUGCUUCCUUUCACACAUAUACAAACACACUCAUGUAGCACAUACACAUAGACAAAUGCACAACCUCUUAAACACACUCUAAUGGAGUGCUGUGCGAAAGUCAGAGACCACCUUUUGUUUAUUUAACAUGCGGUCAAAACAGCCAUUAAAUGCAGUGUAUUUUUCAUGAUUUAGUGUCCACUUUUUACCUCUCUUACCUCCAAAGUUCAGUCUUAGAAGCUGGUUGAUGAUUUUCUGAAGUAAUCAAACACAUUCAGUGGUGUUGAGGUCUGGACUCUGGGGUGGUCAGUCCAUCGUUCAGCUUCUUUGUUUGAUGUGUCCGUCUCCUUUUCUCAGUGAGGUUCUUCUUGAUCAGCUACACAUCCUUUCAGACCCACAGCGCUGAGUCGUCUUCUCACAGUGGAAGGAUGGACAGAAACACCUGUGGAUGUUUUCAGAUCUGAUCAGCUUGAUUUUCUCCUCUCUCUCAGAGAUGAAAGCUUUAAGUGCUGUUUAUCUGAUGGGGGCAGUUUUGGGGUCGACCAGCUCUUCCAGGUGGUUGUUAGGAGCCACAUUUUCUCUGUAGCUGUUAAUCAGUCUGAACUCCAGGGGCCGGAUUCACGAAAAAGUCGGUAACACUUUGCUGUAGGGUGCUGUUCAUAAAGCUACAUGAAACCUACAUAAGCUUGUUGUCAUGACAACUGACAUAACCAUACAUAAAUGUUUAUAAAUGCUUAUUCCAAUAGACAUCAUUCGCUAUAAAGGUUACAUUUACCAAUUUUGAUCCAAGUUAGCUUAAGUAGCCUUUAUGACAGAUGACGUCUAUUGGAAUAAACAUUUAUAAACAUGUAAGUGAGAUUAUGUCAGUUGUCAUGACAAGCUUAUGUAGGUGUCAUGUAGCCUUAUGAACAGCACCCUACAGUAGUGUUACCAAAAUUUCUUAAGAAGACACUUGCGAAGGUUCUUAAGACAAACACAAAGACGUGUUUCUCUAAAGAUAAUUAUUUUCUUAGGAAAAUUGUUUUCUUAUGUCGUCUGUGUUGCAUUUUAGCACAUACCAUAAACAACACGAGAUACAUUUUGAAUUUAUAUGAACUGUUAUUUCUGUUAUUUAGUUUAAUCCACUCAGAGGAGCAAACUGGAGGAAAAAACAAGCAUUUAAACAGUUUUAGCAAACAAAAUCUCUGGUGGAAAAACAGCCAACAGGAAAAAAUCCUCCUGGUAAAAUGCAGUAAUUGUGGGGUGACGGCGGAAAGCGAGAGACGAGGACGAGGAGCAGAUAAAAUGAUUAAUUUAGACGCUCAACUUCUCAACCCUCACAGCCCGAGACAGUGUGAGGCUGUCAUAAGGUUAGGAAAACAUGUAAGAACAUAUUUUCAAGAAAAGAAAAGAAAAUAAUUCUUAAGAAGUUAUUUGAAGAAUAACGUCUUUUUUUUCGUCACUUUUUUAAGAAUUAAGUUAAAAAAACACAUUUAGGGAAAUUUUCUGGUCUCACUUUAUUUAGAUGGUCCACUAUUGAUGCUCUAGAUCUGCUUAAAUCAUUAACAGUCUUCCUGGUGCUCCUCAGUUGAUUAUCAACAGCGUUAAGGUCAGGGUCAGGGUUAGGAGUAGAUGUCGGUUUUGCCCUGAGGUUAAGGUUAGGGUUAGGUUUAGGGUUUAGGGACAGAUUUAAUAAACUCUUUCACACUGAGCUGCAAGUUGUGUUGAAUUUGAUGGGUAUUUAGUUAAAUGUUAUUGAAAGGCUGACUGAGCAUUUAUAAAGCACCUACAGUGGACCGUCCAAAUAAAGUGUCACCAGUUUUCUUUCUUAAGACACUUUCGUGAAUCUGGCCCCAGUUUUGGAAACUUUUUUUUUUAUAAUUCCUUUGUCUUUCUCUUUCCUUAUACAAGUGGAUUAUCUCAGCUAAUCACCUCGGAAACGUCUGAAAAAUGCGUAACUUGUGCUUUAAUAGCCGUUUGGACUUAAAGAAACGGAGGGUGGUCUCUGACUUCUGCACAGCGCUGAAUCUACAUUGUUACAGGUGUAUUGUUCUCUUCCACACACACACAUACAUGCACACUGGCAGCCGUUGGCAUGGCAACAUGUAUCCCAGCAUCUUUUCAGUGAAAACCACCCACCUUCCGGGACCAAGAGACUAUGAUCGCACACACACACACACACACACACACACACACACACACUCACUCUGCAGCUCACUUCUCGGGACUGCUCAACAGAAAACUUUCUAUUCAACUUUUUUUUGUUUGUUUUUGUUUCUCUUGUUCAGUAUAUUUUUUUUAUCCUCUUUGGGAAAACGGAUGUGGCUCGAAUAUAAUUGGAGGAAGCGAAGCGACGCCCUGCCCCCUCCUCUCCUCACGUCUGAUUGGACGACCCACUUUCCCAUCCACUAGCGGGAGAGCUCUGAGAAACUGCUAAGGGGCGAACUGGACCACGUUCCCUUCCAUAAGCCCCGCCCACUUCCUCCCACUGUUAGUUUGAAGUGUUGUUUUUGUUUUUUUUCCUCGUUUUAGGCCCUUUUUCUUUUUCCUUCUCUUCAGUGUGAAAGAAUGAAGCUAAGUAAAGAAGUGGUUAUAAAGUAUAUCUAUAUAUAUAUUUAUCGGACAUCAGAAAAAAAGGAGGAAACAAAAAAAAGAAAGCGAUUGCCCACCAGCAGGUGAUCCACAGAGCGGCCGUUAGCCCUUUCCUGGCCACAUGCAUCCAUCCGUCCAUCAGUUCGUACAGUCUGGCCAAGGACCGUACAUCGAGUUUGCGUGUGUUUUAGCCAAAUUGUUGACCAAAUAAACUGAAUAUCCACUGCUUGAAGGCGACGGACUGUCCGCUGAUACUAACCCACACUAGACGAGCGACUCUUCCAGGUCCUGCUGGACUCAGUUGACCCUGUGGAUACAAAGCAGAGCUGUGGACUCGAAGAAAACAGAAAAACGACUAUUUUUUCCCCGUUUCUUUGUUCGCUGAGGCGGUUUUGAAGCUCGUUCUUCUUCUUUUCUGACUCUGUUCCAGAGCCACAUGUUUAGCUGAUGCUAAAUGCUGAACGCUGCCGGUGAUCGACGCCUGCGUCGACGCCAGGACGGUAAAAUCCACUUCCGCAUCAACGUUGACGUUUUUCAACAACGAAUAAACACAAGGACGUUUCCUCAGCCGAGGCACACUGACUCUGCGGGACUCUUUUCCAGCUCGUGUGGCUGAGUUGACGAUGUUUCAUCCUCAGAUUCUUCAGUUUUGUUUCAGGUUUUUCAGUUUUUUGGGUUUUUUUUGUUGCCGUUGGAAACCAGAACGAACAGGAAAGGGUUAAAGUGUUUAGCGCUAACUUCAUUCCACAAUGACUCAGGAAAAAAAACACACACAAACACUUUUUUGCAUUUUUUUUUUGCUCCGAAAUUUUUGUGUGUGCGAGAAAAAAUGAAAAAAAUAAGAAAAAAAGCAGAGUUAACCUAAAGAGUUGAGGUAGUCUGACUGUUUUCUCUUUCCUCCUCUUUCCUUCUUCCUCCCUCCCUGUUGUGGUAUUUUUAUAAAGCAGACUCUCGCGGUUUUUUUGGUGUUUGGAAAAUAAAAAAAUGAAGUUUUGCAGUCCUGAUAGAUUUGUAUUGCUUAGAUAAAUGUUCCUCUUCCCAUAGUCUGAUGUGACCCUUCCAGCUUUUCUUUCCUCUCUCUCUCUCUCUCUCUCUCUCUCUCUCUCUCUCUCUCUCUCUCUCCCUCCCCUUCUCUCUCUCUCUCUCUCUCUCUCUCUCUCUCCCCUUCUCCUCCUCCUCCUCUGUUCUGUUUGUUCGGAUGAUGAAGGCCAGCUUCUGUGGGCCGUCCUGUUCAGAGUGAGAGCAAAAUCAGAACCACGCUUAGAGCGACACUAGCGGAAAACCAGGCAGCCAGCAGUAUGACUCUUUUCUUUUUUGGUUUUGUUUAUUUGUUUGUUUGUUUUUGUUUUUAGCGUGAGUAUUUGUAUUUGUUUCUUGUACAAGGUGAACAUUUAGCAGUCAGUGCAGUUCAAAAUAAAAGAGACACUUCUGAUCCGA